CUUAGCGGAUAGGACCCCUCGGGAGCGCGCCUGAUAGAGUGAGUGAAGGGGGGAGAGUGCGGCGGAAGGAUCUAGCUCCCGGUGCGCUGCGGUCGGGGAGGGAGAGAGAGUUCUUUUGCCAUCACUUUCUCUUUAUUUAUUUAUUUGCCCCCCGUCCCCUUAUUACCCUGCCCGGGGCAGCUCAACCUCUGCACCGCACUCUGACAUUCCCUCUGGCGAGCUCUCUUACUCUUUGGCCUGUGUUUUUUUCUCUCAUUGGCCCCCUCCUUUUCCUGGAAGGGGGCAGUGCUUGUGGUGCAGGGGGGUGACCCCCCCAUAUUAUUUACCCCCAGCCUGUUGGGGCAGGGGGGAAGGGAGAGAAGAUGUGGCGGUGACAGCCUGGGCCCCCUCCCCUGAGAGGAGAACAACAAGAAGAAGAAGAAGAAAGAAAGAAAAGAAGAAGAAGAAGAAGAGAAAGAAGGAGGAGGAGGAGUGGGGAGCAGCCCCGGUGGCAGCCCUAGGAGCGGGGGAGCCCGGCAGCAGCAGCAGCAGCAGCAGACUUUAAUAAAGUUCCUAGAAUUCUUGGAAGACUGAAGUGUGAAAGAGCUGCCGACUUUAGGAAAGGAAGAGAAGAAACUGAAGAGGAUGGAGCUGCAGACUCUACAGGAAGCCCUAAAAGUGGAAAUACAGGUUCACCAGAAAUUGGUUGCCCAGAUGAAGCAGGAUCCUCAGAAUGCAGACUUGAAGAAACAGCUCCAUGAACUCCAAGCCAAAAUCACAUCUUUGAGUGAAAAGCAAAGACUGGUAGUAGAACAACUUCGGAAAAAUCUGAUAGUCAAACAGGAACUCCCAGACAACAAACUUCUCAUUCAGCCUCUCCUCCAGCUAGAAAGCAAGCCACCAACACCACAAGUGCAGCAACAACCGCAGCAAAUCCAGUUGCAGCAGCUUCAGUCGCAGACAGUGUCCCAUGCACCCACAGUAUCUCUUCCAGGCUUCAGUGGGUCACAGACUGUGGCCACAGCUUCUAUGAUCACGGCAAAGACUCUACCUCUUGUGUUGAAAGCUGCAGCCGCAGCCAUGCCCGCUUCUGUAAUUGGACAGAGACCAACCAUCGCCAUGGUGACUGCCAUUAACAGCCAGAAAGCAGUCCUUGGCACCGAUGCGCAGAAUGCAGCUGUCAACUUGCAGACAUCCAACAAAGUCAACAGUCAGGGUGCAGAGACCUUUCAAAUAGUGGCAAAAAAUGCAGUUACUUUGGUUCAGGCUACAACUUCCCAGCCUAUCAAAGUCCCUCAGUUCAUCCCACCCCCUCGGCUCACUCCUCGUCCAAAUUUUCUUCCACAGGUGCGGCCAAAGCCAGCAGCACAAAACAACAUUCCUAUAGCCCCUGCACCGCCCCCCAUGUUGGCAGCUCCUCAACUCAUUCAGAGGCCAGUUAUGUUAACAACAAAGUUAACCCCCACGACACAGAACUCUAUCCAUCCCGUGCGCAUAGUUAAUGGGCAGCCUACAGCCAUCUCCAAAGCCUUCCCAACGGCGCAGCUUACUAGCAUCGUGAUAGCAGCACCGGGAACGAGGCUCGCUGCUCCCCAGACUGUGCACCUUCCGAAACCAAAUGUGGAAAAGCAGGCAGUCAAAGCUCAGGUGGAAACAACAGAAAAGCCAACUGAAAUCAGUACGCCGGUGCCACCUGCCCCCAAGCCAAAACGAGAGGAGAAUCCACAGAAACUUGCCUUUAUGGUGUCAUUAGGAUUGGUAACUCAUGACCAUUUGGAAGAAAUUCAAAGUAAACGACAAGAGCGGAAAAGAAGAACAACAGCGAAUCCAGUGUACAGCGGGGCAGUGUUUGAACCAGAGCGCAAGAAAAGUGCCGUGACAUACCUGAACAGCACAAUGCACCCAGGGACGCGGAAGAGAGGUCGUCCUCCUAAAUACAACACAGUGCUGGGUUUGGGCGCCUUGCCACCUACCUCCCCUCCAUCCAGUCAUCCAGACUCCCCUGAAAGUGAAAAGACACAGAUCACAUGUAAUUUACCUGCAAGCGUCCUGCCUGUGUCCCUUCCCAGUCCUUUUUCCACUGACUCUGAUAUCCAUGAGGAUUUUUGCAGCAUCUGCAGAAAGAGCGGGCAGUUACUGAUGUGCGACACGUGCUCACGUGUGUAUCACCUGGACUGUUUGGAGCCUCCUCUCAAAACCAUUCCCAAGGGCAUGUGGAUAUGUCCCAAAUGCCAAGACCAGAUGAUGAAGAAGGAGGAUGCCAUCCCUUGGCCUGGAACCUUAGCCAUCGUCCACUCGUACAUAGCGUAUAAAGCAGCUAAAGAAGAGGAGAAGCAGAAACUACUCAAGUGGAGUACAGACCUUAAACAGGAACGAGAACAGUUGGAGCAGAAAAUGAAACAGCUCAGUGGUUCCAUAGCAAAAUGCAUGGACAUGAAGAACAGUAUCCUGUCCAGGCAAAAAGAUAUGCACAGCUCACUGGAAAAAGUAAAAAGUCUUAUCCGGCUUAUUCAGGACAUCGACCUCACCAAACCCGUUAAUUCCGAGGUGACCUCUAACCACAGCCAGGACUGCACUGCUACUGCCAACAGCCCCCUCCCCGAGCCCGUAACAGCCUCCUUGCCCUCACCCAGUGGUGCCCAGAACUGCAACCAGGCGGAAGAGCCUAAGUAACAUGCCACUUGGAAGCAAAAGGCGCCAUGAAAAGGGACUAAGCCGCGUCUGAAAGGUUCCUGGGAGAGAUUGGACCAUAACCUCCCCCAGGACAAGGACGUAAGCACUGGAGUUUUGCCAAUAAACCUUUUAUUCUGUGUGUUCCACGUGUGCGCUGGGAUGUCCUGCCAGCACCAUGCCAAGUGAGAAAUAGAAACAAAUCUCUAACUUUAUUCUCUAUCUUACACCAGUGUGUGCCUGCAGCAGCCUCCACAACAAUCACAGUUUGGCUUUACUUUCCCUUUAUUUUUAUUUUUAUUUUUUCUUUUCUCUUACCAAGUGCUCAUCCCUUCUGCAAACCUUGUGUGGAGGUAGCAAGGGGGGGGGCAUACGUACCGAGUCCAAAGACUAGCAAGAGUCCAUCAGCAAAACUCCAAGACAUUGAACCAAAAACAACAACAACAAAAAAGAUGAAUACAUUUAAAAGUUAUUUCCGCACCCAGCAGUCUCGGGAAAGGGAGGUCGGAGAAGGUCUCUAGACAGUAUUUCAGGUUAAAUGAUUUCCUUUUUUUUUUUUUUUUUUGACUGUGUCCUCCUUUCCAAUGUUGGCGCGAGUGUCGGAAAGGCAAAGGUGUUUCAGCGCGUGUGUGUGUGUAAGCGUGCCGCAACGACACUAGCUUUGGAACGGCCAAUGGAAACCUAUCAUUGUGAGUCAGUUGGGAAGUGUUAGAACCCUGCAUCAAAAUAGAACCCAAUCAGACGUAAGGGGGGGGGCCCGCAUAAAGCUGCACCCCUACCCCCCCAUGUUAAUUGUCCCCAUUAAUUGGCUGUAAGGCUGUUUCUCACCUUCACCCCUCAGCUGCCAUAAAGCCGACCCCUCAGUGUUCCUGUCCCCCACUCUCUCCUGACUACAGAUGCCAUACGUAGGGUUAAAGGUGCAGGCCAAACACACAAUUGCAGAACACUACUUGGGGGUCAACCCCCCCCUCUCUUUAUUUCAAGGGCGUUAUAUACAGUACUGGGAACUGCUUGUGAGUCCGUUUUGCUUGUUUAGGGGGUUAUAUUUCUUUUUUGGGGCAGUUUGUAGAAUGGAACCUAUUUUUGGUUACUAUAAUGAUGUAACGCGGCCCAGGUACAAAAUAUUGCAGAAAUUAAAUGUCUUCCUAAGAUAACGAUUGGGGUGGGAGUGUGAUUUAAGUGGCUGAUACGUUCAGUUUACAGCCAGUAGAAAUGAAAGGGGAGUUUGUGUUGACUUUCAGUUUGUUAUAGAAUGGCCUGGUCUCAGCAGUUUUUCAGUUGCUCUUUAUAUUUUCUUUUUCUGCCUCUUUCCUGCUUUCAAAUUGGGGUCAGUGACCCCGGCAGCCAAAAACCUCUUUCUCUGUGAGGCUACAGUGUCAUUGUUAUUUUUUUUUAUAUUCCUGUACUAUUAUUUAUUUUUCUAUUCAGGCCCUCUCCUAUUCAUCUUCAAGUCUCUCAUCCCAACCCUUGCCCCGUUGCUGGGGUUAAUCAGACCCUAGCAACGGAACAGUGGUUUGGAUGAGAGAGCACAUUCCAAACUGGAGAUCUGCUGAGCAAAAAGCAACAUCUUUCUAAACCAAAAUAAAUAAAAUUACAUUUUUGCAAAUUAAAGUCAACUACCCCUUUGGUCUAUAGGGCUAUGCUUAAUGAUAGGCACGUUACUAAGGGUGGGGAUUGGCUGCAGCGCCCCCUACCUUUUAGCUUCAAACACUUCUUUACAUUUCUAAUCCUUCUUAUAGGGGCUCUAAGCAAAUGUUCGGAUGAAAGGGGACCCCUUGCUGCCGUAUUAUAUUCCAACACCCACUUGUAAUGUGCAAAGCGUCCCCCCCGCGCACGUAUUUCAGUAUUCUGCCCUCCCCUCUGGGAUGGUCACCCCUAGAUAAACAUAGGAAGGUCAUUCUAGUGCUAUAAACCCACCAAUCACGUGGCUACAAACAUAUGGCGCCUGAUGGCCGCUUCUACUGUGGGUCAGACAUUUGGGCUGUAGUCGUGCCUUGAGCCACUGGAACUGAGCGUUUGUGGGGGGGGUGAGUUUGUGUGUGCCCCCCUAGUGCAGAUAGGGUGUAGCCUUGGCAUGGAUGCAGUGAGCACGACUCAAAGUGCCUUAUUGCAUUACACUUUCAUUGCAGGAGCCGGCGGCUCUGUGUUCCAUUACUUGUGUCCCUCGUCUCUUAAAGUGACACCAGUGCUCUAUAAGCACUUCCACCAAUAAAAGGGGUUAAAGGCUACAUGCUGACUGACGUGCUCUAUACACGGUGCAACUAUUGCCCCGGACUGACUAGGGGUGCCAGCUGUCAUGCCCUUAAAACAUCGCCCGGGGUUCCACCUCUCCUAUGGCCAAGCGCAGUAUGGAGGAGAGACCACAAGGAAGUGCUGCUGUCACUUUAAGAGAAA